AUGAAGGCUGUUGGCGUCUUCGCCCUGAUUAUCAGCUUCAGCGUAGUCGCAGAAUCCAAAAUCUACACUCGAUGUAAACUGGCAAAAAUCUUUGUGAAGGCCGGCCUGGACAAUUACGGGGGAUUUACGCUUGGAAACUGGCUCUGCAUGGCAUACUAUGAGAGCCACUACAACACUACAGCUGAGAAAGUCCUGGAGGACGGGAGCACUGACUAUGGCAUUUUCCAGAUAAACAGUUUUACAUGGUGCAGAAAUGCGAAGAAGCAUCAAAAGAAUCACUGCCACGUUGCCUGCUCAGCCUUGAUCACUGAUGACCUCACAGAUGCCAUUCUCUGUGCCAAGAAAAUUGUUAAAGAGACACAAGGGAUGAACUAUUGGCAGGGCUGGAAGAAGAACUGUGAGAAUAAAGACGUGUCUGAGUGGAAGAGAGGAUGCGAGGUUUCCUGA